AUGCAGCCACAACAACAACAACAACAGCCACUGCCGCCGGGAUUCCCGUUGGUUCGCUCGCCAUACCGAGCGACGGAGGCGCAGUUCCAGGCCUUUGUCCGCGGUUUGGACGCUGUUCUGAAUCAAUGGACCGCGCUUCACCUGGUCGCACAGCACUGUGAUGGGCUGGCUCUUCAAUCUAUGUAUCAGGAGCUCAUUGCUUGGUUCCUGUCCGAGGGCGAAUUAUAUUCUGAUGACCUUGAAAUUUUUUUUGAGAAUUUUUUUACUGAGGCGCGCUCCGUUGUAAUCGAGGACGAUAGCAUGAAGGAGGUGGGGGACGUGCUGCAUGAAAUGUACUGCCGUUGCUGCCAAAACGACUUUAGCCUGGUGGAGCAGUACUUGGCGAGCUGGGAGGUGUACCGACAGGUGAAUCCAGUGCGUCUUUCGGUGGAUGCCGGCGGCAACGACGACGAGGAUGGGGUAGAUGAUGCAGUCGGCGCUGUACUGGGCACAGAGACGCAAGAUAUGCAUCCGACCGCCAAGGAAGCGGAGGAAAGUGACGGGAUGAUGCCAAGCGCUCAGCAGAAGCCAUGGAAAAAAAAGGGAAAGAAGAACGCCUACGAGCGUGACAGUGAUGGCUGGUGCACGGUGCAGCGCUAG